AUGUUGAGAAGUUUUAAUACAACACUGUACAACAUCAGCAUUAACUCGACCAUCGCGCCACCCGCCAUCGAAAUCAGCGGCACCGCUGCCGUCCACCUAACAGCGUGGUUCAUGGUGACCACCUUUAUCGAAUGUUUAACAUCCGUGCUAAUCAUUCUGCUGAUCAGCGCUAUUCUGUACCGCCGCGGUCGCCCCUCACAUUCCAGCCUACAGAUUCUUCAUAUGCUCGUCCUGGAACUGAUAAUCGUCUCCAUCAUCCAUCCCACUCUGUCUGUCACCGUGUAUUUCCCCUCGUUAGCCCUAUCUCUAGUAAACUGCCGAAAUUUCUACGUUUUUUACAUUAUUGUCGCCGGCGCGGAACAGUGGGCUUCGUUUCUCCUAUCCGUUAACCGUUGCAUCGCCAUCGUAUUUCCGCUGCAUUUCGCUAAGCUCAACAACCGAUACGCCACCAUCGGAGCUAUUUUAACCGGAUGGAUAAUUAUGACAGCGUGGACAUUACCGGUGGCGAUUGAUGCCGGCUGGAGGAUCUCUCUAAGCGCGCCGUGGAAUAUCUGCACCCUGGUCCCGAUGACGCCGGUUAAUGGGCGCAUAUUCCAAGCCAAUAGUUCCUUCGGAAUUUAUUUCCCAAUAUCCGGGACAAUUGUUUGUUAUCUGGUGGUGCUGCUGUCGCAGUUAAAGGAAAGAUUCAAUAAGUGCCGGGUAAAUGUAGCGGCCGAUGGAGCGUACGAUCAGACGUUUGAACUGAAGCGCAAUCGCCGGAUGACCGCGGCUAAGAUGUUGUUUGGGUCGUCGCUGUGGUAUUUGGCAUGUUACUUACCGCAUAUCGUCAUUACCGUCUUCUACCGGCAAGUGUACGCCGACAAUCCGCCUCUGCAGUUGUGGAUGCGGGUGGUGUAUAAUUCCGGGUAUAUCGGGACGCCGUCGGAAAGGAAUACCGGACUCGACUGCAGAAAGUCUGUUGUCACCUAA